AUGGAUAGGUUUGUCACAAGAACGAAUGUUGGGAAACCAAAAACUCUCAACGUUGAUCCGGGAGAUAGAAAGCCUAUUACAGAAUACAGUCCUAAUAUACGUGAUGAAGUUAGAAGACAUUAUAUUCAAAAAAAGCCUUGCCAGCCUGUGAAUCAUGAUUUUCCUAAAACUAAGUUUGGGAAGACUGUGCGUCAAUUUUGUCCUGGUUGGUUUAAGGGUCAACAUUCUAAGUGGUUGAAAUACAGUAUAUCAAACGAUGCUGCAUAUUGUUUGUGUUGCUAUUUAUUCAAAAAUGAACAUGAAAGUCAUGGAAAUACGGGAGAUGCUUUUACAAAAAAUGGCUUUAAAGCUUGGAACAAGGCUAUUGAAAGAUUUAAAGCUCAUGUUGGAGAAGUAAAUAGCAUCCACAACAGGUGUUUCAACAGGAUGCUUGAUUUAAUGAAUCAAUCACAAUCAAUUCACACUUCUUUUGACAAACAAUCUGAUAAAGAAAAAAAUGAGUCUCGACGUUGCUUGAGUGGUUCAAUCGAUGUGGCAAGAUUUAUUUUGAGACUAGGUUUUCCAUUUUGUGGGCAUGAUGAGAGUCAAUCUUCUACAAAUAGAGGUAUCUUUCUUAAGCUUUUGCAAUGGUAUGGAGAUAUUGAUCGGGAUAUUGGAAGCAUUAUAUUAGAAAAUGCUCCAAGAAAUGAAAUGAUGUGUUCUCCAAGUAUUCAAAAAGAUAUCGUUGAUGCUUGUGUUAAAGAAACAAUCACAGCUAUCAUUGAAGACCUGGAUGGGGAUUUUUUCGGGACACUAGUUGAUGAAUCAAAAGACAUAUCACACAAGGAGCAAAUGGCAAUUGUUUUGAGAUAUGUUAACAAAGAAGGAGAAGUCAUAGAGAGAUUUGUUGGUAUUGUUCAUGUUAGUAAUACAUCGGCUAUGUCAUUGAAAAAGACAAUCUGCUCUUUUCUUUCUAAUCACUCACCAAGUCCAACACAAAUACGUGGACAAGGUUAUGAUGGGGCUAGUAACAUGCAAGGAGAGCUAAAUGGUGUUAAGACUUUGAUUUUGAAUGAGUCUCCAUCAGCAUAUUGCAUUCACUGUUUCGCUCACCAAUUUCAAUUAACAUUUGUGGCUCUUGCAAAGAAGCAUUCAGAUGUAGAUGACCUUUUUUGUAUAGUUACUAAUGUCUUAAAUAUUGUUGUAGUAUCUUUUAAGCGCAGGGAUUUGCUUCGAGAACAUCAAGCUGAAAAAUUAGAUGAGUUACUCAAAUCAGGUGAAGUACAUACUGGACGAGGAUUAAAUCAAGAACGUGGGCUUCAACGACCAGAUGAUACUCGUUGGGGUUCUCAUUAUAAAAUGUUGGAUAACCUUAUUGUCCUAUUUCCAUUGAUUAUUCAUGUGCUUGAAUUUACUGCAUGUGAGUGUCCAAACUAUGCCGACAGAAUUGUUACUGAAAGUCUUAUGGGUAAGAUUAAGGGAUUUGAUUUUGCUUUUAUGUUGCACUUGAUGUUAAAAGUUUUAGCAAUGACAAAUGAGUUGAACUAUGCAUUACAAAGGAUGGAUCAAGAUAUUGUCAAUGUUAUGGGACUCCUUGCUCUUUCAAAACAACGAUUACAAACGAUGAGGAAUAGUGAAUUUGGAUCUUUAAUGGAAGAUGUAUCUUCUUUCUGUGAUAAACAUGAUAUAAUAAUUCCAAAGAUGGACGCUCGCUACUUUCCUGGGAAGUCGAAGCGUAGAGCUAUUGAUGUUACAUAUUCUUAUCAUUUGCAUGUCGACAUUUUUUAUGUUGUUAUAGAUUUGCAUUUUCAAGAGCUUAACCGUCGUUUUGAUGCUGUGAGUACUGACUUACUCCUCGGUAUGGCUAGCUUAAAUCCAGUUAAUUUAUUUGGUAAUUUUUAUAAGAACAGGAUAAUGAGAUUGGUUGAAUAUUAUUCGAAUGAGUUUGAUAGCAUCGAGCUUCGAGAUCUCAGUUGUUAG